CCUGCAUACUCAGACCUCUCGGCGUAUCGUCCAAUCACGGCACUGCUCACACAAAAGUCACUUCUUCAACUUCCUAGCGGGAAGCAGCUAUCGGGAACUAACCACGGGCAGGAGGAAUCAAUGACAUAGACGCUUAAAAAAGGAAGAUGAGACUAUCCCGAGCUGAAUAUAAACAGAUUGCGAGAUGGACAGAGCAACUCAGACCCACCCGCCAGUGUAUGAAGAUGCUGAAGGAAAGAUUUCCAAAUCACUCGCAGUCCACUCUUCUGAGCAUCUUCUCCCUGGAGUACCAGAAAAGAACCAAAAGAACAAUCUCCAGACACCACGCUCCAGAUGUUAUUGAAAGCCACUAUCAAAGGUAUCUGAACAGGGCCAAGGCACAUCCCACCGCUCCUGUCCUGCUGGAGCUGGCCAAUGAGGUGGAUCUGUCUCCUGCACUGAUGGCUCGCAUCAUCCUGGACAGGUUCCUUCAGGACUUUGAGGGCGAAAUGCCCUCUAAAAUUGUCUUGAACAACAUGCUGAAGGAGCCGUCGCUAAUUCCAGACCAGAUUUUGGCUAAAAACAUCUACCAAUGCACAAUAAAUGACUGCUGUUAUGGACCGCUGGUAGACUGCAUCAAACACGCUAUUGGCCAAGAGCAUGAGGUGCUGCUUCGUGACAAACUGCAGGAAAGGAACCUUUCCUUUCUAGAUGAGAACCAACUGAGAGCUAUGGGCUAUGACAAAACACCUGACAUCAUCCUGGAGGUUCCUAUAGCUGUAGAAGGACACAUCAUACACUGGAUUGAGAGUAAAGCCUCAUUUGGGGAUGAUCACAGCCAUCGCACCUAUCUCAACGAACAGUUCUGGAGCUAUUGGAACAGGUUUGGUCCAGGCCUUGUGAUCUACUGGUACGGUUUCAUAGGAGAGCUGGACUGCCAGAGAGACAGAGGGAUCCUGCUCAAAGACUGCUUCCCUACAGACAUUGUCACCUUGUGCCAUGCCGCCCAGCAGGACCCACUGCCGCAGGAGCCAGAGUAAAGACAAAGAGUGAGAAAAGAGCUUUAAAAAACACUAAGCAUGGCAGGAAAGAGAGAGGAAGGCGAGGAGGCGGGGAGGGUAAGAACAAGGGUGGAUACUGAGAUCCGGAAGCAAUUUGGCUUUCCUGCAGAGUGAGACUCCUGGCAAAAAUCUGCCCUGAACUUCACCUGACCCUCUGCCUCUGUCUGUUCUUCCCUCCGCCCUCUCUUUUCAAAGCCACCACAUGUAAAUACACGACAGCAUUCUGUACAUCUGACAGCACAGGGUCACAUUCAUACCUGUGUGCAAAAACAACACUCUUCUGCAGGCUUCCCUGCUUGUGGUCAGCUCCUGGCCCCUGGAUGGCCCCUCUUAGCGGACAGCUAGGGUGAGAGUUGGGAGCCAAAGCAGGACAUAGGGGCCUUCCUUAUCACAGCCGAAGCCCUGGCCUUUGUCACUUCUUCCUCCACCGCUCCGUCGGCAGAUAAGGAAGGUGCGGUCCACGGCUGAGUGGACGGCUGACUCUCACCUGCGUCACUCGGUGCCCUCUCAGUUGCUCUGCAGGGGGAUAAACAGGAUUAUUUCUGAUUAGAGCUGCUCUCUCUCUGACCUUUCUCACUUCACAUUAUAAACUGGAGGUUCAUGCACAGAUAUCAUCACAGAUAUUAUCAACACUUUGACUCUGCCUCUUUUUGUGUAACUUCUCUCAGUGAAUUAUUAAUAAAAGAUACAUUUAAA